UAAACAAGAUGGAGGGAGCUUUCAAACCCGGACGCGGUCGUCGGGACCAAGAAAAUGUCAAAAUUUGCGUCAAUCUCGAUAGAACUUUAACUUCUUCAACAUGCUGCAGAGUCGUAGAAGACAUGUUAAAGUAUUUAUUGUAUCAGCGGCAUCAAAUUCCUGUUCAGUAUGAUAUACUGCUGCGAGAAGCGUCGAUGGUAGAGAAAGAAUGUAACGAGACUCAAGGAUUUAAUUCGAACGAGAUGGAAUGUUCAAAUCAUAAGGAAGCAAUCUCGAGUCAAUUAGAAUAUGAAGAAGACACUUUGAAGAAAGUACGGAGUGAAAUAGAAAAAGGAGAUGUUGCUGCUGUCAGUUUUCUCAUAGGAAGUUCUGUAGUAACAAGUAAAGAAUUUUUUUCCAUUAACUUCCCACAUGAUUAUGCAGUAGCUGGUUCUGAUGCAGGAAAUGACCGUCAUGUUCUCUUGCAAUUCUUCAGGGCUUUUGUUACAAAUGAGGAUUUAGUCAGAGUGGUAAGUCGUCCUUGUAGCAUCCAGAAGCUUUGGAUGAUGCUGCAGAAGUUUGAUUCCCCAACAUCUACAUCCUCAGCUAAUGUUUUUAGUACAGAAGGGAGCACUCAGACCCAUUCUGAGAUUUGUGACCUCAUUCCUCGCUGCAACUUCUCUCCCAGCCAGCGUACCCGCAUUGUUAAAAUAGUCGUAACUCACAAGUCUCCUCUAGGAUCUCCUAUGGAGCUGACACCAAGUAUAGGAAAGCUGGUCUCUCAGGGGGCUUUCAAAUCUAAUAGAAAAAAUUCAAGCAAAAGGUCUCUGGUUUUCGGCAUUAACAACGUGUCUAAGCGUUACUCUUUCUCAAAUGACAUGGCAAACCACAGCCAUUUGGAAGACCUGGGAGUCACACCAGAUUCUGUUGAAAGGAAAAUUCCAUGUAAAAGUUUCCCCCCAGUUAACAACUUCAAUGAAAGUGUAGUUAUGGACGACUCCAUGUCAGUUAGUAACAGACCUGGAUCACCAGGACUAAUGACACCAAGGAAUAUCCUAAAAGGACCAGAACCCAUAAUAGAAACUCCCACAGUAUCCUCCCACAUCACAAGUGCUUCUUCAGCGUCCACUGCUUCGCCAAGCAGACUGCUAGCUUCCUGUAUGAGUAACUUUAACAUUUCUGAUGCUUGGAAUGACAAGUCUCCAUCAGAAGAACAGGCUGUUAUGUGGUAUCAAGUUGACCAUUCCAUUAAGGGUUUUAAAGAUAUAUGUUUCAGAUAGUUAAGAGAAAGUAUGAUUCUGUCAUUUUGGGGGGCGAGAAAAUAAAAAGACGUAUUAUGAAGAGGUCAGGCUUGUCACUUUUCAUAAUUACUUUGUAUGUCUUUAAUAGACAAUGACCAAAUUUAUAUCGAAGUAUAUCCAUUUGGAUAUUUCAAUUGUAAAAUUGCUGAAUUUAGAUAUUAAAUUCUCAACAUUCUGACAUUUUAGUUACAUAAUUAUACUUGUGCAAUAUUUGCAUAAAUAACAUAAAUAAAAGUUGUUUUAAUAUGCUGUAUAUAUUUUUUAAACACAUAUAUGACAUAUGCAAUGUAAUAGUCUUUUAUAAAAUAGCAUAAAGAGAUACUCAUUGUCCUUCUGUUUGUCAUUGAGGUCCUUCAACCUGUUGUACAAAUUGGUUCUGUUGUUCAGAUCUGUUUUAUAUGGUGACUAUGGUUUUGCACAUUAAAUCAGUAUUGCUUUUUGAUAUCAGGGCAGUAAUCAAUAUUCUUAUCUUAAAUAAUGAGGCAGAUAUUAUACUUCAAUCAAUAUUUUACUUUGCAAUAUGAAAAAGGUAGAGAAGAUAGCAAGCUAAAUCUUAAUAUAAUGACACUUAAACAUGUCCUUUGAAAGUAAUAUCUAAGUACAGUGUCUUGAUUUUUAUUAUCAUCAUCAUCAGAUCUUACCAAUUGGUCUUUUAUCAUACACAUUUUAAAUGCCUCGCUGGCAUUAAAGAAUUAUAAUAAUAAAUAAAUAAAUAACAAUAAUAAUAAAUAAUAGUAAUUAUGCAUACUACCCUCAGCUAUUUCUUAAAACAAAUUAUAGAAAUUAAUUUCAGUUGGUUAUGUACAAAAAAAAAAAGCCAAACCAUGCUGAACAACUAAUAGUUUGCCAUACAAUAUAAGUUUGGAUUUUGGAACAAACCUAGUAAAGGGAGAAAUUGAUAUAUGACUAUACAUAAU